GUGGAUUUGAGUUUCGGCCCAGCACAAAGUCUUCCAGUCUCCCACGCCCACCAGCAAGUCGCUGCUUCUCUGCAGUCCCUUCACUCCCUCCGUGCAGUGGACCAGUGUGUGCUGCUCAUGAGGUCUGAGGCCGAGCUCUCCCCAUCCUCAGUUUAUAGUCUGCCAAGUAUGAAGGAGAUCAUUAACUUCAUUUCAGGCUUAAAUCAGCAAGGAGAAGAGGAAGACUGUACCAAACUUGAUAGUGUCUCUAUUGAAAAACUCAUGUACUCGAUAUCACACAGGGAUGAAGAAGAUGAUGUUUUCAGGAGACUUUCUGUUACGGACUACGAGGACGUGACUGAAACAUUAAUACCUAAAGAGCCACUCGCUAAGACUCUGCAAAACUAUUUCCCUGAAACCAGGAUCCGGGACUUGAUUGUGGUUAACUCAUCAGGUGUGGCUGAAGUAGGAGUGACAGUCCCAGAUACCAUCACGGAGUGGAAGGCGGGGGCCCUCUGCCUGUCCAGUGACACUGGACUCGGUCUCUCUCCCGUUGCCUCUCUCCGAGCCUUCCAGCCCUUCUUUGUGGAGCUCACAAUGCCUUACUCUGUGAUCUGUGGAGAGGCCUUCACGCUCAAAGCCACUGUGUUAAACUAUCUUCCCGGGCCGGCCCGACUACAGGUGAGUGUGCAGCUGGAAGACUCUCCCAACUUCAUAGCUAUCCCAGUGGGACAAAAGCAAGAUUCUUACUGCCUCUGUGCAAAUGGGAGGCAAAUUGUGUCCUGGUUGGUAACUCCUAAAUCACCAGAGAAUAUGAAUUCCUCUGUGAGUGCAGAAACACUAUAGUCCCCAGAAUUUUGUGGUACUGAGGUGGCAACAGUUCCUGAAAUUGAGAAGAAAGAUAAAGUUGUCAAACUCCUAUUAGUUGAGGCCUUUCCUGAUGGAAUGGAAAUUAGAAAUCAUCUAACUCGCAUCCAUCACUUCACAAGUGAUAUAUUAGGUUCUGCCAUAAAAAACACACAAAGUCUCCUCCAGAUGUUCUAUAGCUGUGGAGAUCAGAACAUGGUACUUUUUGUUCCUAGCAUCUAUGUACCUAAAUAUCUGAAUGAAACCCAACAGCUGACUCAGGAGAUCAAGUCCAAGGCCAUCAGCUAUCUCAAUGCUGGUUAUCAGAGACAGUUGAACUACAAACACCAAGAUGGCUCCUAUAGAACCUUUGGGGACCAAAAUGGUGAAGUGCAAGGCAACACGUG